UAGCCAUUACUAGUCAUUUUGCCAUGCCGACCAUCAUCAUGAUGGCUUCCCCAACGCCGGCCCUCGUGCUCCUCCUCCUUGCGGCAAGCAUAGCAGUUUCCCGGGCGGGGGUACAGUGCGGCCAAUCCCUUUAUUUGGGCAACAGCAGCAGCUCGUUCCGCGCCAACGUCCUCACGCUCCUGAAAGCCCUCCCCCAGGCCGCAGCGCCCACCGGCUUCGCCUCCCUCUCCGAUGCCGGCGCCUUCGUCCGCGGCCUCUGCCAUGCCGACUCCACACCUUCCGACUGCCUCGCGAACCUGCAAGACGCAGUCCGCUACUUCGGCGACGUGUGCCCGCUCAGCCAAAGCGCGGCAGCGUGGUACGACAAGUGCUGGAUCACCUACGCCAACACCAACGCCUCGAUCAGCUACGAGGUGCUCUUGUCCGAGGUGGUGUGCGACAGCAACAGUAUGAGCAAUGGCUCGGCGACGGCGAUGUUCCACGAGCUGGAUAGCUACGACCGGACGUUGAACGAGCUGAUGAAGCGCCUGGUGGCGCAGGCGACCAAUGGCUCGACGAUGUUCGCCGCAGGGGAGGCUGUGUACGCACCGAGCGAUCAGAAUGGUACUCUUUACAGUGCCGUCCAAUGCAUGAGGGACCUCAGCGCCGGGCAGUGCUACCAGUGCCUGGAGUUGUUGGUACCAGUGCUGCAAACGUACCCCAGUUGUCGGCAUGACGAAUAUAAGAUGGCACAAAACUUCAACUGCCGACUUCGGGUUCAAGUACAUACCUACCAUGACCUGGCGCUCGGAAAGAGGAGAUUACAACAUGCCAUCCUUCUUGUCGCAAUUUCUGUUGGGGCACUAUUCGUCCUAGUAGUUGUGCUGGCUUGUGUUCGCCGACACAGGAGAAGGAUCAGGGCGAAAAAGGAACAACAAGAUAAUGCAGGAGAGGGCAUGAACUAUAUUAGGCUACAAGUGUUAAGAGCUGCAACAUCCAAUUUUUCAAUAAGCAAUAAACUGGGAGAGGGAGGAUUCGGAGAGGUUUUUAAGGGUGAAUUGCAGAAUGGAAUGGAAAUAGCCGUGAAAAGGCUGUCAAGUAACUCAACUCAAGGGUUUGCUGAGCUGAAGAAUGAGCUAGUGUUAGCUAACAGACUUAAGCACAAGAAUCUGGUGCCGCUGCUUGGUGUUUGCUUGCAAGAGAAACUGGUGGUGUACGAAUAUAUGCCCAAUGGAAGCCUACACACGAGCCUUUUCAAUUCGGAGAAAGCACACCAACUGGACUGGACGAAAAGAAAGACCAUCAUCUGUGGGAUUGCUCGUGGUCUAUUGUACCUCCACGAGGAGUCCCGUCUAAAAGUCAUACACCGUGACCUGAAGCCAAGCAACGUCUUACUGGACGUCGAAAUGAACCCCAAGAUCUCAGACUUUGGUCUGUCUAGGGCUUUUGGUGAAAAUCAAUCGAUGGUUACAACAAGACGUCCUGUCGGUACACUUGGAUACAUGUCUCCGGAGUAUGCGUACUACGGCCAAGUCUCUAGCAAGUCAGACAUGUACAGCUUCGGAGUCAUGGUUCUGGAGAUUGUGACUGGUCGGAGGAGCAAUAGAUCACUCGAAGUCGAACAUGAUAGUGCCUGCAGAUAUCUGCCCAGCUAUGUAUGGGAAAAGUGGAGAGCAGGCUCCAUGAAAGAGGUGGUCGAUCCUUCACUAGGCGGACGUUACCCAGAGAGCGAGGUGCUAAACUGCGUGCAGAUAGGGCUGCUAUGUGUUCAGGUGAAUCCCAGCGCCAGGCCGGGCGCAUCGGAGGUUGUCCUCAUGCUCGACGGUCACUCCACGUCCAUGACUAUGCAGACUCCCUCCAGGCCAGCGUUCUGCUUCCCACGACCUGGCAUCCUCCACCCGGCGCUCAGUUACCAUACUAGGUAUGCUACGACCAGCGGCCAACUCCCUACCCCCGAUUCAGACAAUGGCGUGACGAUUUCGGAUCUCCAGCCUAGGUAGGACGAUUUCAAACAAGUUUGUAUCAGUAAAUGCAAAUACCAACUGUUAGAAAUAAUCGCCUUUAGUCAUGUCCGGAAAAUGUACAAAAUGGUCGUUCAUGCUUCUUUAGCUAGCUGAUCAAGUUUGAGUCCCCCCGCGCAAAAUAAUAAAUAAAAAAUGGCGGCUGCUACAAAUC